ACAAACUGUAAUUCCGAUAGUGACCUUACCCGACCCAAACAAACACUCGCCAUUACCGUUUUGUUUCGAAGCAUCAUAGGAGUACGCAGCACUGCGUUAGUAGCCGCAGCCAUCGUGCAAAAUCUGAGGCCUUCAUCCAGGAGUGAUGGGGAAAGAUAGGGAUGUAUCGAUCAUGGAAAUUGACGGCUCGAACCCUAACGAUUCCGAUCAGAUUAGCUCUAAAUUCUCAAUCAACGUGUUGCAACUAUUGAAGUUCGCUCAGAUGCAGCAUGGAUUGCGGCAUGGGGAUUAUGUCCGUUAUCGGAGGUACUGUACUGCUCGGUUGCGGAGGUUGUAUAAAUCCUUGAAGUUUACUCAUGGCCGUGGCAAAUACACCCGAAGAGCAAUUACUGAAUCCACAGUCACUGAAGUUAGGUUUCUUCAUUUGGUUCUUUAUACGGCAGAGAGAGCUUGGAGCCAUGCCAUGGAGAAACGGCAGCUUCCAGAUGGCCCAAAUGCGAGACAACGCAUCUAUUUGAUUGGUAGGUUGAGGAAGGCUGUAAAGUGGGCGACCCUAUUUUCACAGCUAUGUGCAGUCAAGGGGGACUCCAGAACAUCUUUAGAAGCUGAGGCUUAUGCAUCCUAUAUGAGAGGGAACUUGCUGUUCGAACAAGAUCAGAACUGGGAGACUGCAUUGAUAAAUUUCAAAAGUGCCAGAGCUGUUUAUGAGGAGCUUGGGAAAUAUGGGGAUCUGGAGAAUCAAGUUUUGUGCCAUGAGCGUGUCGAGGAGCUAGAACCAAGUAUUCGAUACUGUUUACACAAAAUCGGCGAGUCAAAAAUGCAAACCUCUGAACUUCUACAUAUUGGAGAGAUGGAAGGUCCUGCAUUGGACCUUUUUAAAGCUAAAUUGGAGGCUGUUAUGGCUGAGGCAAGGUCUCAACAAGCUGCAUCUCUUACAGAGUUUAAUUGGCUUGGUCAUAGAUUUCCAAUAUCCAAUGCCAAAACUCGGGUUUCCAUUUUAAAAGCUCAGGAAUUGGAGAAGGAUUUGUAUGGUUCUGCUGCGGAUUCACUUCCAGCAGAAAAGAAGCUACCCAUAUUUGACAAAAUUUUCACUGCUUAUCAUGAUGCCAGGAGCUGCAUCCGCAAUGACUUGGUCAGUGCAGGUAAUGCUGAAAAUAUGAAAGAUGAUUUAAAUGGUCUUGAUAAAGCUGUUAGUGCUGUACUGGGGCAACGGACCAUUGAGCGCAACCAGCUGUUGGUUAUCAUUGCAAAAAGUAAACUUAUAAGACGUAGAGAUGAUAAGAAUGAGAAACUUACGAAGCCCGAAGAGCUUGUUCGCUUAUAUGAUCUUCUGUUACAGAAUACAGCCGAUCUUUCUGAUUUAGUUAGCUCUGGAAGAGAUAGAACACCUGAAGAAGUGGUGUUUGCUGAAGAGUGUUCACUUCGAAGUUUGGCUUUCCGAGCAGAAAGGUGUUUCUUCUUAGCAAGGUCAUAUAGUUUAGCUGGAAAGAGGACAGAGGCGUAUGCUCUAUACUGCCAUGCACGGUCUCUUGCUGAGGAUGCCUUGCAAAAAUUUCAAGCUCGUAAUGACGGUCAUCAAGCAAUGAUCAAAGAGUUGAAGAUGUUAUACGAUGAGUGUAGAUCUAACAGUUGCAUAGAGCAUGCUUUGGGAAUUAUGGAGGAGAUAAAAGCUCCAGAAAAUCUCACAAAAAAGAUAUCGACUAUAUCAUUGAAUGGUGCUGACAAAAAGGUGGAAAAAUACCUUCUUGAAAAACUUGAUAUCUAUGAGUCUGCAAUUGGUGAAUCGAACACCAGAGGGGCUGCACGCAUUGAACCCUUUCCUCCUGCUUUCCAAACAAUAUCUCGUAAUCCAAUUGUUUUGGAUCUUGCCUAUAAUUGCAUCGAAUUCCCAUCGAUUGAAAGCAGAAUGAAGAAAGACAAAAAGGGCUUCAUUAGUAGGUUCUGGGCCCGGUGAUCACCUGUAAUUGUAUUGGUUUGCAUCUCCCAACAGAAGGAUGAGGAAAGAAUUAGAGGCCUUCUAUCCAUAGUCCACGGCCAAAACAUUCUGGUAAUCAAUAUGUUGCCUCCUGAAUCCUGAUAAAUCCUAUUGGGUUUUGGGGUCGCUUGGAUUUGAAUCUUUUGAAUGGUGAGGAAACUGGAGACUACCAAUUUGAAACCGGAACUUUCUUCUUUUAGCUUUUAACAGUCUUGUUUAGCAAUGUGUUUUCCAGAAUUUUGCAUGUUCUUUGACUUCAGUACUAUUGAGUUAUUGGCCUGGAUGGCCUGGUGCUGAUUCAAUUUUCUUUAAACUCUAGCUUUCUUCCGGAAUUUGUAAUAUCCUAUUCGAUGACAUCGAGGAAGAGGACUUUCCUUUUUUUAAUGUCC